UGCCCAUUGCGGGAAUGCGGCAUGACCUUCACUAGGAAGACGAAUUUCAAGGGGCACAUGCGGUCGCACAUGGGAGAGAAGCCGUUCAUAUGUGACUUUGCCGGCUGCGGGAAGGGGUUUGCGAGGGAGAAUGAUAUGAAGCGCCAUAGGAAGGCCCAC